UUUCAAUUAAAUGAUCCGUUCUUUCGCAAACGACUCAUCUAUAAUUCAGAACUCGGUUUCUGUCUGGACCCUAAAACAGUCAUCGUGAUAUCGAAUUUCGUCUUCAAUUUUAGCAAAAUUAAUACUUCGAUUUUAAAAUAUCAAAAUGAUUAUUCAAAGUAGUUGGAAAGUAGCAGAUGAUCGACCAAUAUCUGAUGCUGUGGUAUCAUCUGUAGAAUCAGAAAGUGCUGAUCUAGAAGAUGAAAUCAUGGUUGAAAACUGUGUUUUACUAGAGGCACCAGAUAUUGGAGAUGGCAUGUAUCCAACAGUACCAGCUUGUCAAUUGCUAAUAUCAUGCGAGCCGCCUCAUCAGAUAUCUCGCAUAUCUGUACUAUGUGAAGCUCGAGUCAUUGAGAUCUAUGGUCAUCAUGGAGAGUAUUUAAAAACUGUAAAAAAUAUUUUAUUGGAAGAGGCAGAAGAUAUGAUCGUUUUCAGAGGAGAUGUGGUUCUAGAUAGACCAUCUUCUCUUUGUUCUAUUAAGUUCCUAUUACUUAGGAGUCCAAAUGAAAUGUGGCUGUAUGGCAUGAAAAUUCAAACAGCUAAAGUAAUAUCUGAAAUGCAGAAUCAAAUGACAAUACCUUUAGCAUCAGUUGAACAACGAUUAACUCAGAUGGGACUUGUCUUAAGUGAUAAAGCAGAAGCAUUUAAACAACUUGUUCAAAAUUGCCAAAAAUCUCCUAUUGGUGAUCAAGAUAUUAGUGAUAUGAUAGCUAAUUUAGCAAUGCAAAAUCUUGUCAAGAAUAAAUCUCCAUCUCCUGAAAAAAAUCUUCAGAUUUCAAACCUCAUGAAUAGUGUGGCAGAACAACUAGAGAAAAGAGACAGUCAAAAUAAUCUGCAAGACUUAACAGAAGUUAAAAAUAAUAAUUAUGAAUCUUCAAAGAAGCUUAUUUCUACAGCUGUAUCGACUUCACCAGUGAUGUUUGAAAGAGUAUCUGUAUCUGUCCAAACAGAAGAGGAAUACAUUAAUUUAGAAACAAAACUCAAGGAUUUUGUUACUGAGCAGAUACAGGAAAGUAACAAAAAUAUUUGGGAGAAAAUUGACAAAAAAUUUCAAGAAAUGGAAGCAAAAAUUGUUUGUAAACUUGAAGAAAUCGAAUCAUUUGUGAAACCCCAAGGAAUACAAAAUUAGAAUCUUUAUGUUGUGAAAAAUAUUUAUUGUUUUUAUGGAUUGUUAUAAUAAAAUUAUUGUUGGAUGUA